UGAGGGAGCGAGUGUGUGUGUGUGUGAGGUACUGAGGUGAGGCGGAGGCUAGAAAAGGGGCUCCCUCAGGAGCAAGGGACAAAAGGGGAGUGAGGCACCUAGGCCGCGGGACCCGGCAACAGGAAGCCGUCCCGAGCCGGGCUACCGGGUAGGGGAAGGGCCCGCGCAGUCCUCACAGGGCCCCAGAGCCGGAGUCGGCCCCACACCCGGGCCGUCGGCUUCCUACUUCCUCGACCUCCCGGGCGCCUGGGCCUGAGGAUUGGCUUGGCUGGAGGGUGGGGGCAGACUUCGAGCAGCUACCCGUUGUCUCGUAACUCCACUGCUGAAGAACUCUCGUUUCUUCUCUCGCUCCUUCACCCCCCACCUCAUGUAGGAGGGUGCUGAGGAGUCGCGAGGGAGGAGGAGCCUGGCCUACCGUCCCUUCCCUCCCCACCCCCUUUUAGGAGCGCUUUGGUGGGCGUGGAAUUGGGGUUGGGGGGAGGGUGGGGGUUACUUUGGAGUACAGGGGAACAUUUUCCCCCUCUUCAGGCCAGGGGAAAGGGAAUGCCCAAUUCAGAGAGACAUGGGGGCAAGAAGGACGGGAGUGGAGGAGCUUCUGGAACUUUGCAGCAAUCGGGAGGUGGCAGCUCGAACAGCAGAGAGCGUCACCGCUUGGUUUCGAAGCACAAGCGGCAUAAGUCCAAGCACUCCAAAGACAUGGGGUUGGUGGCCCCUGAAGCAGCAUCCCUGGGUACAAUUAUCAAACCUUUGGUGGAGUAUGAUGACAUCAGCUCGGAUUCGGACACCUUCUCUGAUGACAUGGCCUUCAAAUUAGACAGGAGAGAGAAUGAUGAACGUCGUGGAACGGAUCGGAGUGACCGCCUGCACAAACAUCGUCACCACCAGCACAGACGUUCCCGAGACUUAUUGAAAACUAAACAGACCGAAAAAGAAAAAAACCAGGAAGUCUCCAACAAGUCGGGAUCGACGAAGGACCGAAUAUCAGGAAGUUCCAAGCGCUCAAAUGAAGAGAAUGAUGAACAUGGGAAGGCACAGGUAGCCAAAAGCAGCAUCAAGGAAUCCAGGUCAUCCAAACUCCAUAAGGAGAAGACCCGGAAAGAACGCGAGUUGAAGUCUGGACACAAAGACCGAAGUAAAAGUCAUCGGAAAAGGGAAACACCCAAAAGUUACAAAACAGUGGAUAGCCCCAAACGGAGAUCCAGGAGUCCCCACAGGAAAUGGUCUGACAGCUCCAAACAAGAUGACAGCCCCUCAGGAGCUUCUUACGGCCCAGACUACGACCUUAGCCCCCCAAGAUCUCAUACUUCUAGCAAUUAUGAUUCCUACAAGAAGAGUCCUGGAAGUACCUCAAGAAGGCAGUCCAUCAGCCCACCUUACAAAGAGCCUUCUGCGUAUCAGUCCGGUACCCGCUCACCCAGUCCCUACAGCAGGCGACAGAGGUCUGUGAGUCCCUAUAGCCGCAGACGGUCGUCCAGCUACGAAAGGAGUGGCUCUUACAGCGGGAGAUCACCCAGCCCCUACGGGCGAAGGCGAUCCAGCAGCCCUUUCUUGAGCAAGCGUUCUCUGAGUCGGAGUCCACUCCCCAGUAGAAAAUCCAUGAAGUCCAGAAGUAGAAGUCCUGCAUAUUCAAGACACUCAUCUUCUCAUAGUAAAAAGAAGAGAUCGGGAUCACGCAGUCGUCAUUCCAGUAUCUCACCUGUCAGGCUUCCAUUGAAUUCCAGUCUGGGAGCUGAACUCAGUAGAAAAAAGAAGGAAAGAGCAGCAGCUGCUGCUGCAGCAAAAAUGGAUGGAAAGGAAUCAAAAGGUUCACCUAUAAUUUUGCCUAAAAAAGAGAACAGUUCAGUAGAGGCUAAAGAUUCGGGCUUGGAGUCUAAAAAGUUACCCAGAGGUGUAAAAUUGGAAAAAUCCGCCCUAGAUACUGAACUGAUGAAUGUAACGCAUCCAAACACAGAGGUCAAAAAUUCUUUAGAUACAGGGAAAGUAAAGUUGGAUGAGAACUCUGAGAAGCAUCCUGUUAAGGAUUUGAAAGCACAGGGAACAAGAGACUCUAAACCUUUAGCAUUGAAAGAGGAGAUUGUUACUCCAAAGGAGACAGAGACAUCAGAAAAGGAGACCUUUCCACCUCUCCCCACAAUUACUUCUCCACCCCCUUUACCAACCACUACCCCUCCACCUCAGACACCGCCCUUGCCUCCUUUGCCUCCAUUACCAGCUAUUCCACAGCAACCACCUCUGCCUCCUCCCCAACCAGUAUUUAGUCAGAUUUCUGUUUCCAGUACUUCAACUUUGCUCCCUUCUACUCACACAAGGACAUGUACUCUGUCCUCUCAGGCAAAUUCUCAGCCCCCUGUACAGGUUUCUGUGAAGACUCAAGUAUCUGUAACAGCUGCUAUUCCACACCUGAAAACUUCAACAUUGCCUCCUCUGCCCCUCCCACCCUUGUUACCUGGAGAUGAUGACAUGGAUAGUCCAAAAGAAACACUUCCUUCAAAACCUGCAAAGAAGGAGAGAGAACAGAGAACACGUCACUUACUCACAGACCUCCCUCUUCCUCCUGAGCUUCCUGGUGGGGAUCCAUCUCCCCCAGACUCUCCAGAGCGAAAGGCAAUUACACCACCCCAACAACCAUAUAAAAAGAGACCAAAAAUUUGUUGUCCUCGUUAUGGAGAAAGAAGACAAACAGAAAGUGAUUGGGGAAAACGCUGUGUGGACAAGUUUGAUAUUAUUGGGAUUAUUGGAGAGGGAACCUAUGGCCAAGUAUAUAAAGCCAAGGACAAAGACACAGGAGAAUUAGUAGCUCUGAAGAAGGUGAGACUGGACAAUGAGAAAGAGGGCUUCCCAAUUACAGCAAUUCGUGAGAUCAAAAUCCUUCGUCAGUUAAUCCAUCGGAGUGUUGUUAAUAUGAAGGAAAUUGUCACAGAUAAACAAGAUGCACUGGAUUUCAAGAAAGACAAAGGUGCCUUUUACCUUGUAUUUGAGUAUAUGGACCAUGACUUAAUGGGACUGCUAGAAUCUGGUUUGGUGCACUUUUCUGAGGACCAUAUCAAGUCAUUCAUGAAACAGCUAAUGGAAGGAUUGGAUUACUGUCACAAAAAGAAUUUCCUGCAUCGGGAUAUUAAGUGCUCUAACAUUUUGCUGAACAACAGUGGUCAAAUCAAACUCGCAGAUUUUGGACUUGCUCGUCUCUAUAACUCUGAAGAAAGUCGCCCUUAUACAAACAAAGUCAUUACUCUGUGGUACCGACCUCCAGAGCUGCUGCUGGGAGAGGAGCGUUAUACACCAGCCAUAGAUGUUUGGAGCUGUGGAUGCAUCCUUGGGGAACUGUUCACAAAGAAGCCUAUUUUUCAAGCCAAUCUGGAACUGGCUCAGCUAGAACUGAUCAGCCGUCUCUGUGGUAGCCCUUGUCCAGCUGUGUGGCCUGAUGUUAUCAAGCUGCCUUAUUUCAACACCAUGAAACCGAAGAAGCAAUAUAGAAGGCGCCUACGAGAAGAAUUCUCUUUCAUUCCUUCAGCAGCACUUGAUUUAUUGGACCACAUGCUGACACUAGAUCCUAGCAAGCGUUGCACAGCUGAACAGACCCUACAGAGUGACUUCCUUAAAGAUGUGGAACUCAGCAAAAUGGCUCCUCCAGAUCUCCCUCACUGGCAAGAUUGCCAUGAAUUGUGGAGUAAGAAACGGCGACGGCAGCGACAAAGUGGUGUUGUGGUAGAAGAGCCACCUCCACCCAAAGCCUCUCGAAAAGAAGCUACCUCAGGGACAACUGCUGAACCUGUGAAAAACAGUAGCCCAGCACCACCUCAGCCUGCUCAUGGCAAGGUGGAGCCUGGAGCUGGGGAUGCAAUAGGCUUCGGUGACAUCACACAGCAGCUGAAUCAAAGUGAAUUGGCAGUGUUACUGAACUUGCUACAGAGCCAAACUGACCUGAGCAUCCCUCAAAUGGCUCAGCUGCUUAACAUCCACUCCAACCCAGAGAUGCAACAGCAGCUGGAAGCCCUGAACCAAUCCAUCAGUGCCCUGACAGAAGCCACUUCCCAGCAGCAUGACUCUGAGUCCAUAGCCUCAGAGGAGUCUUUAAAGGAGGCACCCCCUGCACCAGUGGUCCUGCCUUCAGCAGAACAGACAACCCCUGAAACUUCAAGCACACCAGCUGACAUGCAGAACGUGUUGGCAGUUCUCUUGAGUCAGCUGAUGAAAACCCAGGAGCCAGCAGGCAACCUGGAGGAAAACAACAGUGACAAGAAUAGUGGGCCACAGGGGCCCCGAAGAACUCCCACAAUGCCACAGGAGGAGGCAGCAGAGAAGAGGCCCCCUGAGCCCCCCGGACCUCCACCGCCGCCACCUCCACCCCCUCUGGUUGAAGGCGAUCUUUCCAGCGCCCCCCAGGAGUUGAACCCCGCCGUGACAGCCGCCUUGCUGCAACUUUUAUCCCAGCCUGAAGCAGAGCCUCCUGGCCACCUGCCACAUGAGCACCAGGCCUUGAGACCAAUGGAGUACUCCACCCGAUCCCAUCCAAACAGGACUUAUGGAAACACUGAUGGGCCUGAAACAGGGUUCAGUGCCACUGACACUGAUGAACGCAGCUCUGGUCCAGCCUUGACAGAAUCUUUGGUUCAGACCCUGGUGAAGAACAGGACCUUCUCAGGCUCUGUGAGCCAUCUUGGGGAAUCCAGCAGUUACCAGGGCACAGGGUCAGUGCAGUUCCCAGGGGACCAGGAUCUCCGUUUUGCCAGGGUCCCCUUAGCAUUACACUCGGUUGGGCAACCAUUCCUGAAGGCUGAGGGAAGCAGCAACUCUGUGGUACAUGCAGAGACCAAAUUGCAAAACUAUGGGGAGCUGGGGCCAGGAACCACUGGGGCCAGCAGCUCAGGAGCAAGCCUUCAUUGGGGGGCCCCAGCUCAGUCUUCUGCUUAUGGAAAGCUCUACCGGGGGUCUGCAAGAGUCCCACCACGAGGGGGAAGAGGGAGAGGAGUUCCUUACUAACCCAGAGACUUCAGUGUCCUGAAAGAUUCCUUCCCUAUCCAUCUUUCCAUCCAGGCCUCUGAACCUUUAAUGAAAUCACUUGCCAGAGCGAGGUAAUCAUCUGCAUUUGGCUACUGCAAAGCUGUCUGUUGUAUUCCUUGCUCACUUGCUACUAGCAGGCGACUUAUAAUGAUGGUGGCGCCAGUUCCCCCUGGAUGGGCUAUAGCCAGAACAUUUACUUCAACUCUACCUAGGAGACAGAGUAUAGAAUAUGAAGAGGGUCAUUAAAUUAGAAAGUAAAUGUUGCAUUAGCUUAUUGCCUGCACUUCUUGAGCAGAAGAGAGAGAACAGUUUCCAUUUUGAGAUGGCUCAGGAGAGGCUUGCUUUGUUUUUCAAAGUUUUGGGGGGUUUGUUUUGUUUUUGUGGUUUCUUUUGAAUUUUAAUUUAGAUUCCUCCCCUCCCCACUGCACCCCUUUAAAGAGAAUAGUGUUCACAAAAUUUGAGCCGCUCUUAGGCUUUUGCUAGAAGGGAAACAGAGUGGCCUGGCUGAUUUAAAUAAAUAUUUUCUUCCUCUCCACCAUCUCACAUUUUUUGCUUUUAAGUGAACGCUCUCCCUUGACCCUUGUUGAGCAUCUUGAACAUACCUUUUUUUUUUUUUUUUUUUCCAAAUAAAUUGCUCAUCCUUAAAGUUUGGUCCACUUUUGACAAAAGAAUAUGCCCUUCUCCCUGCACAUAAAGCAGGUUGUAGAAAGUGGCAUUCUUGGGCACCUAGGUAGACUUUAUCCAGUUUCUCUCCUUUUUUGCCUAUUUUUCUUCCCCCUCCUUUCCCUAACCUCUCUCUUCCCUUUUCUCUCCUUCCUCCUCCCCUCCCCCAUUCUUCUCUCCUUCCUCCCUCUUUGAGGCAUUUGUUUGGAAAAAAAUUAAUCCUUGAGAUGCCCAAGAACCUGGAAUAAUUCUUUACUUUUUUUUUUUUUUUUAAAUAAAGGAAAGGAAAUUCAAACUCCUACAUUGUUCUCUGUAACUCUUCAAUUCUAAAAUGUUUUGUUUUUUUUAAAACCAUGUUUAGCUGGGAAGUUGACUUGUACGUGUGGACAGCUUAGGAUAUUGCUGCUGAACUGUGGUUAGAGAUGAUGCCUCCAUGCCUAGAGAGCUAAUAAGAGCAGUUAGCAUAUUGUUUACACAUAAUAUUUUUAUGU